AUGGACAGUGCGCCCAAGACACUCUUGGCCAGGGCACUUUAUGACAACCGCCCUGACUGCUCCGACGAGCUGGCUUUCUGCAGAGGGGACAUCCUGACCAUUCUGGAGCAAAACGUGCCAGAGAGCGAGGGCUGGUGGAAGUGUUUGCUUCAUGGGAAGCAAGGCCUGGCCCCUGCCAACCGCCUCCAAAUCCUCAUGGAGGCCCCCGCAGAUGGGCCAUGUGCCUCAUUCCUGAGAGGCCUGGAAGAAGCUAUCACCAGCCCAGAGGAGACCUACCAGGUGCCCACCCUGCUCCACCCUCCAUCCCCAGGCCCUGUAUAUGAGCAGAUGAAGAGCUGGGUGGAAGGGACCCCGCCAGCCACUGCCCAAGUCUACAAAUUCUCUGACCCACCCAGCAGUGCCAGAAUCAUCUGUGAAAAGACUCUAAGUUUUCCAAAACAGGCCCUCUUCACGCUCCCCAGACCUGCUCGGGCCUCGUUGCCGACUCUGCCUUCCCAGGUGUAUGACGUGCCUGCCCAGAGCCGGGUUCCCUCGGCCCUGAAGGAGCCAGAGAAGCAGCAAUUAUAUGACAUACCAGCCAGCCCCCAAAAGGCAGGAUUCUAUCCCCCGGCCAGCCAAGCAAGUGGGCAGAGUGUUCCCCUGACAUCAACGAUUUCCUUCAGUAGAGGCAGCUACAGCACGUUGCCAAAUCCUCAGAAAUCAGAGUGGAUUUAUGACACUCCAGUGUCUCUGGGAAAGGCCAAUGUCAGAAAUACAUCUCUAACCAGCUUUGUGGAAGAAUCGGGGUCACAUGCUGUCCCCAGGUCUAUCUCCACUUUCCACAAUCCUACAAGCAGGAGAGCCGAGUCCCUCCCUUCACAGCCCCAUAACAAUGUGCCCAGGCUGAAAAAACUCAGUCUUCCAGAAAUCUCGUCUUAUGGCUUUGCAGCACCCAGGGACAUGUUCCCUUUGGAUGAAGAUGUCAGCUACAAGGUUCCUUCAAGCUUUCUGAUUCCCCGAGUGGAACGGCAGAACACCAAGCCCAACAUUUACGACAUACCUAAAGCAAUACCAAGUGUCCCUCACGCUGUGAAAGAGCUGGGAAAAGUCAAUGAGGCUCCAGAGAAUUCCAUGAGCCAUAAUUCUUCAUGGUGUUCCAGACAGACAACGAACUUCUCUCCUGAGCCAGACAGAUUAUCCAUUUCCAGUUCCGACAGCAGAGCCAGCGUUGUGUCCUCGUGUUCCUCCAUGUCCACUGACUCCUCCUCCAGUUCCUCCUCAGAAGAGUCUGCCAAGGAGCCCUCCCUGGAUCUGGACUUGGCCAGAGAGACAGUAAUGGCUCUGCAGCACAAGGUGGUGAGCUCUGCAGCAGGUCUGAUGCUCUUUGUGAGUAGGAAGUGGAGGUUCAGAGACUGUCUGGAGGCCAAUAUUGAUGCAAUCCACAGAGCUGCCGACCACAUAGAAGAGUCUGUACGAGAAUUUCUGGAGUUUGCCCAAGGAGUCCGUGGGAUCGCCUGCAACCUCACCAACAGCAACCUUCAGGCCAGAAUUAGGGACCAGCUACAGACAAUCUCCAACUCCUACCAGAUCCUGCUUGAAACAAAGGAAAGCCUGGAUAGAUGCAAUUGGUCCCUGGAAGUUCUUGUGACUGACAAAGUUCAAAACAGCUUGGAUGACCUUGAGAGGUUUGUCACAGUGGCACGGAUGAUUCCAGAAGACAUCAAGAGGUUUGCCUCCAUUGUCAUUGCCAAUGGGAGGCUGCUUUUUAAGCAAAACUGUGAAAAAGAAGAUUCUGUGCAAUUGACCCCAAAUAGAGAAUUUAAGUGUGAAAAAUUCAUCCGGCUUCCCCAAAGAGAAAUUGAAUCACACCAAAGGACUACUCCUUUUAAUAAACAAGGAGAACAUGAACACUCCCCUGAAUUAUUAAAGAAAAAUAGGACAAAUAUCUGUGGACAGACUUUUAGCACCCUUAUACCCAAACCUUUGAGUCAGCAGACUCCUGAGAAGAAAAUCCAUCUUUCUGAACACUGCCGGCUCUAUUUUGGGGCACUCUUCAAAGCCAUCAGUGUAUUUAACAGCAGCCUCAGCAACAGUCAGCCCCCAGAGGUCUUCAUCAGCCAGAGCAAGCUAGUCAUCAUGGUGGGGCAGAAGCUGGUGGACACACUGUGCAAGGAGACUCAGGAGAGGGACGUGCGCAAUGAGAUCCUCCUCAGUAGCAGUCACCUCUGCAGCCUGCUCAAGGACCUUGCAUUGGCCACCAAGAAUGCGGUCCUCAAGUACCCGAGCCCUGCAGCCCUGGGGCACCUCCAGGAUGAGGCUGAGAAGCUGGAGCAACACACGCGGCAAUUCAGAGGGACAUUGGAAUGA